ACAGUUGCAGCCAAAAUCGAAGAAGAAGCAGCGCAGUGCAUUUAUUUUGCUCUCGCUGCAUUUUUGCACUCUGCGCUUUUUUCUGCAUAAAUCAUUCGGUUAAAGUAACUUAAUACCUGAAAUAAUGCUCGCCUUGUUUAUCGCGUGUGGCUAUGGAUAGUGUUUUGCUGCUCGCCAAUUUUCUGCAUUCGUAGCGCCAAAUCAAAAAUUCUCGACUACCGCUAGAAAGAGACGGUUGCGCGUUUAAUCGGACUCUCAAGAUUAUGUUGAAACGCUCGUUAAAGGUCCUAAUUGCCCUGGUGUUGAGUUUGAUGUUCACCGUUUCGCUGGUUAAGAUAGUGCUAUUGAUUUGGUCCUCGCAUCCCGCCGCCCCGCACAGCGCCCCACCCCUUCCCACCGUCGACGAAUGGCUGGAAUCGGAGAACCUAGCGUCCUAUAAGCAGUUGUUUCGCGAUAAAGGAAUCUCCUCCUUGUCGAGCUGCGGCGAUCCGGAGCGUCUGCCGGAGCUGCCCCCUCUGGACGAGCAGCGUCUUCAGCGGGCCGCAUUGCAUCUGCAGCAAAAGCUGAUCCUGCGCGAGUGGCUGCGGGAUCACCGGCUGCAGCACCACUACCAACGGUUGCUGGCCGUGGAGGUCGCCUCGCUGGAGGACGUCUACUGGCUGGAGGACUCACGGGCCAGCAAGAUCCUCGGCAAGGACUGGCAGCUGUGGUCGGGAGCACGGCAGAACCUGCCCACGUCCAAGGCCCAACUGGACGCCCUCAAAGCGCAGCUCUGGUCGACGGUGGUCAAGAGCAGCCAGCACCAGGACGCAUGGACAUGGGGCGGCAUGCUGGUCGUAUCCGUCUCAGUCGCCGGCCUCGUCACCCUGGCUGCUAUGACACAGCCUUCAUUGGCCCCAGAGGCCCGUCACUCGCUGCUGCAAUAUGUCACCGGGAAGUAUCUGCUGCCCGCCAAUUGCAAGGUGCAGUGGGACUGGAAGGAUCCCGCCAGCGUCGGCGGCACCAUGUGCUUCGUGGUGCGCUUCUUCCAGCGCAACGGCCAGCCAUAUCCCAUCUGUGAUACGGACCAGUUCUUCGUCGAGGUCACCGAGGGCACUCGCAAGGUGGUCACCAUUAGCGAACUGGGCUCCUCCACCGAUCCCAACAACGCCAACAUCGCCAAGGUCAAGUUCACGGUUCGCACUGCGGGCCAGUACAAGAUAUCCGUGCUGAUUGGCGCCAGUCACAUCGCCGGAUCGCCCUUCCUGCGUUCCUUUCUGCCAGGUGCCAUCGAUGCCAGGCGAUCCAGGUUCAUCAGGCCCGCCAGCACGGUCAUUUGCUGCGCAGGUGCACCCACUUUGAUGCACAUCGAGCCACGGGAUGAGUUCGGCAACUCCUGUCUGUUCGACCAGAACCAAUCGGAUGAGGCACUGCAGGGCUACCAAGUGGCAAUAUACGACCUGCAUGGAGUUCCAGUGGAGAAACUGCAGCAUGCGAUUGUCUUCGCCUACGACAGAGUCAACUCGCGGGUGUCCGUCACAGCUCUGUUUCCGGAACCCACUUGUCUACGGGCAGUGAUCAGUUAUCGGGAUCAGCAGCUGCCCAACGGCGACUUCGACAUCAUAGUGCUGAGCAGCAGCGACACCACCUUGGUGCACAAGAACAUAGCCUCCAGGAAGCACAACAUCUGCUACGAGGCCAAGCUGCUGAGUAUUUUCGGUGUGUCCAAGAACAAGCCGAGGAAGGUGCUCUGCUAUGUGGGACCCAAACAGAACUCGCUGAUCUUCCAGGUGACCAUCAAGGAGAUGAUCCUCAAGUUCAUUCCCAAGAGGAUCGCCACAUUCCGGCUGUGUCCCUCGACCAAGUUCCACUUUCUGCCCCAGUUGGUGUCCCAGCUGCACGGCCCUGUUUUCAUCAUAGACGACGGUGCCCAACCCAAGAUCGAGUUGGCCUCCAAGGAUCGGAAUAUCAUAGCUGCCACUUUCACCCAUUUUCUGCUAAAGAACAUUGGCGGAUCCGAGACAUUCAAGGACAAGCAGGACUUCUUCUACCACGAGGUUCGCAAAUUCCAUGCCAGCUACUACCACGAGAAGAUGGCCCUGAAGGUUCAGCGGGAGAAGAUCCUGGAGAGCAGCAUGAAGGCCGCCAAGGGCUUCUCUGUGUCCGACUGGUGUGGCAACUUCGAGGUCACCUUCCAGGGUGAACAGGGCAUCGACUGGGGUGGUUUGCGGAGGGAGUGGUUCGAGCUGGUCUGCAGUGCCCUCUUUGACGCCCGCGGAGGCCUCUUCUGCACCUUCCACGACAAGCACCAGGCGCUGGUCCAUCCUAAUCCCACGCGUCCAGCCCAUCUGAAGCUGAAGCACUUCGAGUUCGCCGGCAAGAUGGUGGGAAAGUGUCUGUUUGAGAGCGCCUUGGGCGGCACCUAUCGCCAGCUGGUCAGGGCCAGAUUCAGUCGCUCUUUUCUGGCCCAACUUAUUGGUCUGAGGGUGCAUUACAAGUACUUUGAACAGGACGAUCCCGACUUGUACCUGUCCAAGAUCAAGUACAUUCUGGACACAGAUCUCGAUGCCACGGACACCCUGGAGCUGUACUUCGUGGAGGAGAUGUACGACUCCAGCAGUGGACAGCUGAGCAAGACCAUCGAACUGAUACCCAACGGGGCCAAGACGCGGGUGACCAAUGCCACCAAGAACCAGUACCUGGACGCCUUGGCUCAGCAGCGUCUGUGCAACAGCGUCAAGGAUGAGGUGGACAGCUUCCUGAAGGGUCUGAACUCCAUCAUACCGGAUAACCUUCUCAGCAUUUUCGAUGAGAACGAACUAGAGCUGCUGAUGUGCGGAACUGGGGAAUACUCCAUCAGCGACUUCAAGGCGCACCACAUCGCCAACGGCAAUUCGGCUGAGUUCCGGCGGGUUUUGGCCUGGUUUUGGGCCGGAGUGAGCAACUUCAGCCAGACGGAGAUGGCCCGGCUGCUGCAGUUCACCACGGGAUGCUCCCAGUUGCCGCCCGGGGGAUUCCAGGAGCUGAAUCCGCAGUUCCAGAUAACGGCGGCCCCGACCUUUGGCAACCUGCCCACGGCGCACACCUGCUUCAACCAGCUGUGUUUGCCGGACUACGAGAGCUACGAGCAGUUCGAGAAGUCGCUGCUUCUGGCCAUCAGCGAGGGCAGCGAGGGAUUCGGCAUGGUCUAGAUAUAUAGGAUAAUGGAGAAGGGGCUGGCAAUAGCCCCCCGGUUUUUGUCUGCUACGCUACUGUGUUCCUUUCCGUGCGCUUUACAUGUCAUGCUAGCAACUAAGUGAACUAGUCCGUAAGCCUGCCUAGUGAUAAACGCAAUUAAAUUCAGUCCCUGGCUAGGUAUAUUAUUAUCCCUCGGCGGGUGAUUCCUUAAGCAAUAAUAAUCACGGAUUAGCCGGCGUAGAGAGUGUAGUUAUAAUCGAGUCAAGAUGCAAAUUAAAACCGAAUAUAUAUCAUCAUCAAAAGGAAUGUGAUAAUUGUAUUAUAGACUAAUGCAACCUAAGCGUUAUGGGAAUCUUUUAAACUACCUAUCGGUAAUGCAAAUAAGUAGCCAUAAUUCCGAAAACUAUUCUAAUUAACUGUUAGAUGCGCUGUGUAAAGAGAACCCAGAGAAACCCUAGAAGAGUUUGUAGCAUACUGAACUAAAAACUAAUUGUAAUCGUUAUAUUGUCAAAACAUUCACAAUGAGCAAUGUUUAUAUGCAUUUCUUCUAUCGAAAAUCGAAAUAUAUAAGGCCAAAUUCUGGUCCAACUCGAAUACAAUCCCAAAUCCUUCUCCCUCGCUGUGCUCUCCUAAAAGCAAUAUGUGGAUGCAAAUGUUGAAACGUAGUUUUUAAAUGUUGUUGAAUCGCAAAGCAAAAAUCAAAGAUGUCAUACUAAUUACAAUUUAGUAAAAGUAAUGGAAUUGUAGUUGUUGAGAGAACUCUAAAAGCUUAUAUAUCAAUCGGUUGGCGGAGGGUUGGUUCAAAUGGUUAAAAGUAAUAAAAAUCUACUGUUUAGAACGGA